AUGGCAGUCAGGAUUGAGCGCUUUCUCAACACUACCGGAUUCUUCUUCUUUGCACUCAUCCUGGUCUGUCUCAUCCUUCUCACACCAGCAGAUGCCAUUUACCAAUGCUACGAGACGAACCGACUCACCAACAUCUUUUUCAUCACCGGCGCAUACAUAAUCACUUUUAUCCUCGCAGCGCUCAUCUACGCGACGCGCAUCUACACUAAUCGGAAUGCAUUGACUGGAAUCCCCAAGGCCUGGAUUCCCGUGGAGAAAGAAGAUGUGAACAAGAGUGUCAGACGACUAGUGAAGGAGGGACUCGCCCGGAGCGCAGUCAUCGCCUAUCAAGCCCGUCCCCGCGACGUGUCGACCGACGAAGACAACUUCCGGAGGUACAAAUCACUUCUCAUUGAUUCGGACAGACCUCCAUGGGGCCAUGUCGAACAUCCCGGUUGGUCAUCGCCUGCCUCGCCCGACUUGCCGGAUCUACCGUACCGUGUGGUCAUUCAGGAGCUACCCAGUUUGAUCGAGGCCAAAGCUGUCUCACUCGCCCCGGCGGAUGCAUUAUCUCCUACACCUCCGGACCCGUUUGGUCUGUCCAGCGACCUCACCACACAAUCACUCCCAGAUACACGUGUUGUAGAGGUGCUUCAACGCCCGGCUUCGAUGGGCCUGCGCGAAUACAUUCGACACCUGACGUCCCUGGGUGCUAUCUACCCACCCGAACUAGGUGUGGAAUUUCUGUCCCUGUACGAAGCUGCGCGGUUCUCACCGCGUGAGCUUCACGAGGGAGAAUUUCGUGAUUUGAUGCACCUCUUUGCGGAGAUCCUCAGGGGUAUGACAUCGCUUGCACCGCCUAUCAUUGAGGAGAUCCGCGAUAGCGCCAGUUACCGAUGCGCCGAAAGCGAGUCUUUCAUUGGGCCGUCGGAUGAGGAGGGGGAAACCGACACGGUCGAGCAUUAUGGUCUUGAUGGAAAUCUGGUGCCCGUGCGCAGUAAUAGUCUGCGACCGUCUAAUGCCUCCACUUGGGAAACCCAGUCCGGAUACGACACCGCGUUACAGAGCCCUGUCUCGGGGUUAUCUUUCAACAGUGGAUUUGCGCCACGAGACCCCCGACGCACGCCAUCCACGCGGUCUCUCCGGCGAGUGUAUUCGGCCCAAUCUGCCAGUUCCGGAGGAAGUGUUAUCCGCCUGGCGCAGCCUCGCUCUCCGACGGACCUGCCAUAUACCUAUAUGCAUCUCUUCCGCCGGGGGGCUUCCUCCCUCUUCAACUCGUCCAACGCUUCGCUCGCGUCCUCCAGAUCCGACAUCACCACCGAUGCCGUGGGCGACAAGGCCCUCGCCAAGGAGGGGUUUCAGACUAUCUCCUCGAGCGACAAGCUCUUUUCCAAUGUCGACCCCGCGGUAGACGGCGAGGACUGUCUACAUGACUGCGCAACAUGCACGGUCAAAUACCCCGCCAAAUUCGAUGUCGAUCAUGAAGACGAAUUAUAUGGCCAAGUCAAGGGCUGGUCAACGCAUAUACUAGUCGCAACGGGCAAAUCAGAUUGGGUGCGAGAUGUCGCGGACGAGACAGGCAGCGUCAUGGAGGCAAUUGAGAAAGGCGGGCUGGAACCCAGCAACGGGAGACUCAAGCUAUCAGCUUCCAAUAUGCCCGUUCCGGACGAAUACCACAUGGCCGACGCCGGCAAGCAGCCGACAGACGUCCUCCUCCUGCCCAGCUUCACCGUUGUCGAGCAGGUCACACCACAGCUCGCACCAGACCUGAUCGAGAACUUCGUCAACAAAUCCCUCACCACCACCACCCCGCUGGGCUCCUCCGGGAAGGAAAACGAGGCCCCCGCCGAAACCCCCGACCUACCGCACCCCGCCGCUACCUCCAUCACAUCCCUCAAGUCACACCCCAGUCCCCAUGCUGCGGUGAUCCUUCUCUGCUCGCAGCGCACCCGCGACGCUCGCUGCGGACAAUCGGCGCCUCUUCUGCGCCGCGAGUUCGAGCGCCAUCUGCGUCCGCUCGGCCUCUACCGUGAUAUGGACGAUACCCGACCCGGCGGCGUGGGCAUCUACUUCAUCAGUCACGUCGGCGGACACAAGUACUCCGCCAACGUGAUUGUGUAUCGCCGCCGGGACUUUGAUUGGUACAAGCGCGGGGAGGAAGACGAGGGCGCCGCGCAGGGGAUCUGGCUGGCGCGCGUGCGGCCGGAAGAGUGCGAGAAUAUCAUUCGGUAUACAGUACUUCAGGGCAAGUUGCUCAAGCCCGAGAAGCAAUUGCGCGCCGGGUUUGAUCGGGAGCGCGGAUUGACGAGUUGGUAG